CUCCCAAAUCCACUCAAAGCCUGAAAAUAUGAUAACCAGAUUCAGAAGACACCAACGGAUAUAUUUCUGCACUUCUUCCCGCCCCACGUCGGCUCCUCUAAACAUCUCGUCCCCCAACUUUGUAACCCAGCAGUGCAACAACGACUUCAUCAGUAGCCUCUGCCGGCAGAAGCGCUUCCGAGAAGCACUCCAAGCCUUCCAUUCCCUCCGUGUCCAGAAGCCUAAUUUCCAGCUCCAUCCCAGUACCUACGCCCACCUCUUCCUCGCCUGCUCCCACCUCAAAUCCCUCCAUCACGGCCGCCUCGUCUACCACCACCUCACCAACUCCGGCGUGCCUGCCGACGUGAUCCUCCGCAACCACAUUAUCAACAUGUAUGGCAAAUGCGGGUCCUUGGAUGAAGCCCGGCAGCUGUUCGAUGUAAUGCCCGAAAGGAAUCUCGUCUCCUGGACCUCGAUGAUUUCUGGGUACUCGCAGAAUCACCUGGAGUGGGAGGCGGUGGAGCUGUAUAUCGAGAUGCUUCGCUCGGGGCUAGCCCCGGAUCAGUUUGCCCUGGGAAGCGUGGUGAAAGCGUGCUCCGGUUUGUCUGACGUCGAGCUGGGAAAGCAGCUGCAUUGCCAUGCAGUAAAAUCAGAUCAUGGUGCUGCUCGGAUUGUUCAGAAUGCGCUCAUCACCAUGUACUCAAAGUCUGAAAGGAUCGAAAAUGCUUCUGUUGUGUUUGAAAGGAUAGCAGAAAAGGAUCUGAUUUCUUGGGGUUCUAUGAUUGCUGGUUUUGGUCAACAGGGGUGUGAAUUGGAAGCUUUGCACCUUUUCAAGGAAAUGCUCCAUAUGGGUGUGCACAGGCCAAAUGAGUUUCUAUUUGGUAGUGCAUUUAGCGCCUGCGGUAGUAUAUUGCAGUCUGGGUUAGGAGAACAAUUGCAUGGCCUCUCUAUUAAGUUUGGUUUGGAAAACGACACAUUUGCUGGGUGUUCAUUGAGUGACAUGUAUGCGAGGUGUGGAAGGUUAGAUUGUGCGAAGAAAGCAUUUUAUGCCAUAGAUAUGCCAGAUUUAGUCUGUUGGAACUCAAUAAUAAAUGCUUUUUCUUGUGUUGGUCUUACCAACGAAUCCAUGCUAUUUUUUUCUGAGAUGAGGGAUUUUGGAUUACAGCCUGAUGAUAUCACUGCACGAUGCUUGCUUUGUGCAUGCACAGGCUCCGACUCUUUGCGCCAAGGCCAAUUGGUACAUUCCUAUGUUUUAAAAAUAGGUUUGGAUUCAAAUAUUGCUGUCCAGAACACUCUACUUAUGAUGUACUCGAAGUGUUCAGAUGUCUCUACUGCAUUGGGCCUUUUUAAUGAGAUGAAUGAUUGGGAUCUUGUUUCUUGGAACACGAUUCUUACUGCAUGUCUGCAGCACCAGCAGUCUGAAGAGGUAUUUCAUUUGUUAAAACUGAUGAGAAGUUUAAACAGCAAGUUGGAUCGGAUAACCUUAAAUACACUAUUGAGUGCUUGUGCUGACUUGGGUUAUCUAGAAAUGGGGAAUCAGGUUCAUGCCUAUGCCUUGAAGGUUGGAUUGGAGGCUGAUGUCAUGGUCAGGAAUGGUCUAAUUGACACUUAUGCGAAAUGUGGAAGCUUAGAUGAUGCAAAAGAGUUAUUUGACUGGAUGGGCAAUAACCGUGAUGUGUUCUCGUGGAGCAGUUUAAUUGUCGGGUAUGCUCAGUUUGGAUAUGCAAAAGAAUCUCUUAAACUGUUUGCAUGUAUGCAGAGUCUGGGCAUUAGGCCAAAUCAUGUUACCUUUGUAGGGGUUCUUACAGCCUGUAGCCGUGUUGGAUUGGUAGAUGAAGGGUGUUAUUACUACAGUAUUAUGAAAGUUGAACAUGGCAUCACACCAACGAGAGAGCAUUGCUCAUGUGUGGUGGAUUUGCUUGCCCGUGCUGGCAGAUUGAGUGAGGCUGAAACAUUUAUUGAUCAGAUGCCAUUUGAACCUGAUGUUGUAAUGUGGAAGACUUUGCUUGCUGCAUGCAGGAUGUACCAUAAUGUCGAGAUUGGAAAGAGAGCAGCAGAAGAAAUAUUAAAGAUGGAUCCUUCAAAUUCUGCGGCUUAUGUCUUGUUGUGCAACAUUUAUGCUUCCUCAGGCCAUUGGGAUGACUUUGCAAUGUUAAGGAAGUUGAUGAAAAGCAGUGGUGUGAGGAAGGUUCCUGGAAAGAGCUGGAUUAAGGUAAGGGGAGAGGUCAGUGUCUUCAUAGUAGAAGACAGGUCUCACCUGGAGUCUGAAGCUAUAUAUGUCAUGCUAAAAUUGUUGGGGUUUGAGAUGAGGGAAGCUGGCUAUGCACCGAAAGCAUCAAUAUGACAUGAUUGACCUGAACCAUGCUAGAGUCAAUGCUCCUCACCAAAACUAUUUAUCAGCAGCAAGACUUUAAUGAAGCAGAGGCUUUUGCUUGCAGAUAUUUCAAGGAGCGGUAAUCAUCAACCGAGUUCUUGGAGAACAUGAACCUUGAUAAAUAUCACCUUUGCUCACAUUUGUUCAUGUCAGCCAUACUGCCAUUAAAAUGCUAGACUGACUGCUAAGGGAGAACCAGCAAAAGUGUUGAACUACUUGCUGGUAACACUAUACCAUUUAUGCUUUCAUUUUCUCAGUUAUUACUUUGUGGUAACACAAUCAUUCUUUAUUAAUCAAAAGCAGGAAGUGGCACUUCCUGAUCAUUUGUACACA